AUGGCAGGUGGACCCUCUAACCCUUUCCAAGGGCGCUUAUCGCCCAGCACUCUCGCUAAACUCCGACGUGCUGUGGGCUUCGAUACUUCGGAUUUGCAUCCUCGCUUCAUCCUCACGCAGCAGAGUUUGGAAGAACUGGUCAGAAUAUCAGAAGAUGCCACAACUGCUCGCCGAAUUCGCUCCAUUGGUCUUGCUGCUUUGCUCGUCAACGUCGAAGAUCUCCUUCGGCCCAAGACUGGAUUCCGCCAGAGCUAUCUCAAUCUUCGAGGACGCGUACACGAGCAACAACUGUUCCUCGGUUCAAAUCGUCCUUUCGAGCUCAUCGUUCGAGCCUUCCACAAUCUUGCCCAGCACGAAAAUCUCAUUCGUUUGCUCGUUUACGAUGAUACUGAUGAAGCUGGCCGGCAUUUCGAAAAGGGUCUGCAUUUCGAUGCUCACUAUGGUCCUUGGGGCACCGAUCCGGGCACACCAAUCCACUUCCGAAUGGCCUCCCUGGAGAUCAUCGCUUUCGACCAGAUGUCGUAUCCCCUGGAUCCCUACGUCAAUGCUCAUCCGGGACAGUUUAUGCCUACACCGCAGCGACUCAUCGACUGUCCCCUCUGGGACCCAAUUCUUCCCAUAUAUUACCGAUCACCUGUCAAGUUUCGCGUCUCUAGGCCCUCGAGAAGGACUUGUAGCGAGCUCUCUGUCGUACCUAUCCUCAACAACAGCCGGUUGCAACUCGAGAUGCGCUCGGUCGUCUCUGGAACGUACACGCAGGCUACCCACCCCGAAAAUGAUUUCGACCAUUGGUGCCGCCAGAUACAGCACACAUUCCCAUUCGGUAACGUCUCAUCGUUGCUGAUAGAGGAUUGCAAAGUCGCCACAUGGACGGCUCGCGACGACUUCCGGUCUUUUGUGCAAGAAUUGACAUCGCUGACAUUUUCUGGUGUGGAGCUCAUCGUCGAGGGACGGGAUAACUACAGAGAGUUGGUCAGGUUCCUACAUUCUUUGAGAGGGUUACCAAUGCUUGCACAUAUAAAGUUCAAGAACGUCACCAUCUCGUACGACUACGAAGACGAUGAUCUUAGCUUUGUAUGGCGAAGGACACGGCUCCAAUUGAAGAAGGACAAGUACGAAUGGAAUACAGCGAUUGAGGUUCAGCAGGGACUUGUCAAUCUCAUUCGCAGGUUCGACAACAACGCGGAUCCUUGA